UGUUUCAGUGUUUCUGUUGUCAGUAGCAGUGACAGACUUUCAGGCUCAGUGUGAGGAUGGGGCUCACUGCGCUCAGUGUGCUGUGCUUAUUCUUGCUGAAUAUUACCCUCUGCUGUGGAGACGCUCAAGAUGCUGAGCUGAGCCUUAAACCAAAUGUGUCCCAUUUAUUUGCUGGAGAGUCUGUAACCUUCAUCUGUGACAUGAGAGAGGGAAAUGCCACUGACUGGCUUUACAAAUUCAACUGGAAUGAUCAAGAAAUGGUCCACUUCACUAAAAGUAGCUCCUACUUACUUUACCUGACAGCAGAGCUGAGUGGGAAUUAUCAAUGUAUUGGUCGCCGCAAUGGCUCAACAGAUUUUACAAAACAGAGUAAUAACCUGACUCUGUCCAUAUCAGCACUCAGACCCACGGCAACUAUAACAGCAGACAAGACAACUAUUCCAGUGGGGGGCUCGGUGACACUGACCUGCUCUGUUCAGGGUUCUGCUGGCUGGACAUAUGAUUGGUUCAGACAAAUCCCAGAUUCUCGUGAAGUAGUAAUCGAUACGAACAGUUUGCAAAACUUUAUUCGUGUCUCAGAUGAAGGCAUCUAUCGCUGCAGAGGAAGAAGAGGAAACCCAGUUUUCUUCACAAACCUCAGCAAAGUGUAUCACAGUCAGAAAACAUGUGAGUUUGAUAACUUUUUGUAA